GCUUUUUACCGGUGCACCCGUCAAUCUGAGAAAUUUGGCUGUCCGUAAGUAGUUUCUUUAUGUUGUUUAUCAUUAACGUUACCGUUUAUAGUUUCGUUUUUUAAGUGUUUUUAAAUGUAAUACCCUGACAUGCGUCCAGUUUUGGCUUAACGCAUUUUAUCCAUUUUACGUCUUCGGUGGUAGAGAGGACGACAGUAGUUAAAAAUAGUCUUGUUGACUUGAACCAUUUGUACCUUCUUAGUUUAUUAUUGUGUUAAUAUUUUAAACUGAUUAUCAUCCCUUUCAUACUGGGUCUACACGCAUUUCCCUUAUAAUAUCAACUGAAUUCCGGACAAUCCCACGUUUUAUAAGGACCAUGUUCCUGGUGGGCCUCACGGGGGGCAUCUCCUCGGGGAAAAGCACCGUCUCCGCUAUGCUCCGGGAGCUGGGCUGCCCCAUCAUAGACGCUGACCUGGUGGCCAGGAGAGUGGUGGAGCGCGACAGCGCCGCCUACCGUCGCAUCGUCCGCCACUUUGGACCCGAGGUGCUGCUGGAGAGCGGCGAGAUCGACCGGGAGAAGCUCGGCCACAUCAUCUUCGCCGACGCCGAGAAGAGGAAGCUGCUCGACUCCAUCACCCACCCGGAGAUCCACAGAGCCAUGCUCAAGCAGAUCGUCUUCUACUUCCUGAGAGGCUACCGCUACGUGGUUCUGGACGUCCCCCUGCUCUUUGAGACCCGUCGGCUCACGCAGUUCCUCCACCACACCGUGGUGGUCUACUGCGACCCGGCCACCCAGCUGUCCCGCCUCAUGCAGCGCAACGGGCUCGACCAGGAGCAGGCGGAGCAGCGCGUGGCCGCCCAGAUGCCCCUGAACGAGAAGCGCGGGCUGGCCAAGCACGUGAUCGAGAACUCGGGCGGUCGCGAGGACACCCACCGCCAGGUGCUGCGGCUGCACACCAAGCUGGAGGACUCCAUGGAGUUCCUGCCGGUCCGCGUGGUCGCCAUGGCGACCGCCGCGGGCCUCGGCGGGGCGCUGCUGUACGCCGCCAAGCUGCUGGCGUCGUAGCGGGAGGUGUGUGUGUGUGUGUGUGUGGGGGGGGGGGGGGGUCGGGGGAGGGGGCGGAGCAACGUCUGCGGGAUAGUCCGGGGGUUCGUCGAGGUCGCCCCACCAUGCUGCUACGCGCUCGGUUCAGAGGACUUAGUUUAGCGUCACUAGCGUCACGUUUCUCACCUGCACUGAGUCACGAUGGUUCGGUGACAUUGGAGCGUCACUCGCAUGCCUCCUACGGGCUACGCAGUAGUUCAGCCUCGAAGAGCAACCUAAACGGUUAGAACCACUGGAAUAGAUAGGACCCCCGCUGGCCAAACACUGGCUACUGCAGCUGGGGUUUUCUGAUUGGCCCAGUUGGUAGUGAUCAGAAACGGCAGUCGGACAGCAGCCUGGGUUGGUUGGCUGCUGUCUCUGGGCUUGGCUUUCAGUGUUUUAGGUCCCGUUAAUGCAGUCCCAAGUAUCUCUGACCUUAAUGAUUAUAACAAUAAACGAAAGGCUUUAGUGAAAUAAUCGGAAAAGAGUAAGAGAUUUUUAAUUGAAGAUUAUUGUAAAGAAUAUAUAUUUUGCAAAAUGAUAAUCGUUGCUAUGCUAUGCAGAAACUAUUUGAUUGAUUUCACAGUCAUAAACCACCGUCAGAAUCACUAUUUGGUUUAGACGUACUUCCGAUAUUAUUCAUGUCAAUGAAUAUGCCUUGGAAAGUCAGUGUAUAGUAUAAAUAUAAACACUAAGUAAUUCUAUUUUAUUAUCUGUAAUAUGACGACAAGGAUUGUGAACACAAAACUAAAUGUGACAAAUUAAUGUAUGACGAAGCUGUAGGAUUUAACAGAAGUUGUAUUUAUAUCCAUCACUUUGUUAAACUGCAACACCUUCACUUGUAAGUCUUGUGUUUUUAACACCAUUUAUUUUCAACACUUCACCUAGGACACACCUGAAGCUGAAAAUUGACAUGUCUGGUGUGCAUACUGUGUUUGAUAAUUAAAAGUUAUUAUUCUGGUAAAACAAUUA